UAAGUAAAAGAAAGGUGUAAACGCGGAUUGAUAAACAGCCAAUUGGAGUUAAAAUCCAAUAUCAAUGCACUGUUUGUUUUGUACUGCACUGUUUUGUUUUGUAUUGUAUUAUGUUGUAAUGUAUAUUUUGUGUAAGCACACUGAGAGCCACUUUACCAAGUCAAAUUCCUUGUUGGUGCAAACUUACUUGGCCAAUAAAACUGAUUCUGAUUCUGGAAUUCAGUUUAUUUUACAAAGCCCAAUAACACACAUUUCGAAUUUUCCUCAGAGGGCUUUACAAUCUAUAUACAUAAGACAUCCCUGACCUUUGACCUCACAUCGGAUCAGGGAAAACUCCCAAUAAAUAGGAAAAAAACAGUUUACUGUGGAAAAAGGAAAGAACCCUUCAGGAGAGCCACAGAGGAGGAUCCCUCCACGAUGGACAGAACAAUAGAUAUCAUGUGUACAGAGAGCAGCAGCGAUUAACAUUUUCUAAAUUGUGUAUGCAUUAAUUAUUAGAUGGGUACAAAGCACUGCCACGAGAAGAGGGAGAGGGGCUGACAAGACCUUUGAGUUACAAUGAGCUCAUUUAAUGGCUCCCUGGGGAUACAUGCUCGUUAUCAUGAUAUGUAUUAUUUAAACACUGACCUUAUCAAUUCCCAGUCUGACCUACUUUUAAACGCAGCUUUAGCCCUCAGGGCGCACAUGGUGGACAACUGUGGCAUAAUUUUUAGCCUCUUUUAUUUGUUAUUAUUUAUUUAUUAUCAUUACAUAAACGACAACAAGUUCUUACCGACACGUGGUGAAGCUCUCGCGCAAGAGGAGGACGCAGGCGUCAAACUGAUUAACUCUAAUUAACAGCAGUCACGUGGUCCCUUCCUCUCGUCAAAUGAAGCACGUGGUCUAUUUCUGAUCGCAAAAAAACCCUGUGAAAUGUUUUCUCACUGUGCGAACCGCUUUCUGAUGACUUUAUGUGUCGCUGUCUUGGCGCAACGCUCCCGGUGCCUCUCCCCGGUCCCGCGGGAGAAAACACCUGAGCAGCUCGUCAUGCCCGACGUCACCUGCUAUGACCGGAGGAUGCGAGCCAUGUUCGGCCCGCGGGUCAACAGUAAUAUACACGUUCAAGACCGGACAGGGGGCAUAACACCAGUGCUUCAAUCUAAUGGGUUCUGUGGAUUGAAACUGGGCCGAGACCUGAACCAGAACCUCUCCUUCUUCAGCAGAUAUGACGGCUGCUAUGCACAGAUGAAGGGUGGCAACGUGUUCGUCCCUCUGCAGGUGCAGCUGCUCGGAGGGGAUCGAUGGCUGAGGGUAAAGAUCAGCUGUCCUCUAACCCAGAGACAACGCGAGAGGAUUCGACAUUUCCCGACACGACGCUUACCGGCGUUGCCGGGAAGCUGUGCCACAGAAGGACCUCUGCAGCUGGAUUGCGGCCACCGAGGCGUCUCGAGGGACGCCUGCCACCAACUGGGAUGCUGCUACGACGCCCGCAAACUAACCUGCUCCUACAAACUCAAUGCCUGCUCUCUGGACGGACACCUUGUGUUCUCGGUGGAUUCCGCUCUCGCAGACCGACGGCUCGAUCCCAGCGCCCUCGUGGUCAACGGUCUGUCGCAGUGCUCCCCGGCGGCCACCACCCCAGACGUGGCCGUCUUCAAGAUCGGACUCAGGGACUGCGGCGCAAAGAUGAAGGUAGAUGGAAACGUGAAGAUCUUUGAGGUGGAAGUGGAGGAGCUGCAGACGGAGAACGGAACCAAACAUUAUCCAUUUCAGGUCCAUGUCGAGUGUGAAUUUGAAGUGUCGGAUGUAAAUCACACAGCAGACCAGCAGCCCUCCUUCCCGAUGACCAACCCGCCGCCUGUGACCGCCCUGGGCACCAUGAGAGUGCAGAUGAGAAUAGCCACAGAUGCGACCUUCACUUCCUUCUUCCCCGAGGACCAGCUCCCGAUAGCCCUUCCGCUGCGCAAGGUUGUGUACGUGGAGGUGUCCAUCGCCCAGCCGUCCCCGGACCCCACGCUGUCCCUGCGCAUGCGGGACUGCUUCGCCUACCCUGUGUCUCGACACUCCGUGUGGCGGCUCCUCCAGGACGGAUGCCCCAACCCUUUGGAUAACAACAGGAGCUCCAUCCAUGGGAGCGACCAGGGCGAGACCACCGCCCUCUCCCAAGUCAGGAGGUUUGAUGUCAAGACCUUUGCCUUCUUGGACCCUCAUACAGGCCACCCGAGUGAGGAGGAAAUGUACUUCUACUGUUGGGUGGAACUCUGCACCAACGGCGUAGAGUGUGCUCAGCCAUGCGCCAUCAUCCCAUCCGAGGGUGAGCGGUUGAAGAGAGAGGCCACAUCUACAUCCGACUGGGUCCAGCUGGUCUCUCUGGGGCCGCUGCUGCUGGGACAGAACGCCACUGAGCUGGAGGAUGACCAGUGUGUAAAUCGGCAGACGAUGUUUCAGGUGACUGUGUACGCUCUCUAUGCCGUCGUGGCGGCCCUGUUCCUGAUCCUGAUGUUGGCUCUGUGGUCGAGCAUCGGGAGGCGCCAGAAGCGAGAAGCGCCGCACGCCACGGAGGCACAAGUUGACAAACCAUCUAAAUAAAUAAAACUUUUCAUGGUC